GUUCAUGACGUCACGCAGGAGUUCGGCAUGGCGGCGGUGUUCCUUGUCACCCUGUAUGAAUACUCUCCUCUCUUCUACAUCGCCGUGGUGUCGCUCUGCUUCCUUAUAACCGCCGCUAUGGUUCUGGGAUGGUUCGGGGUUGAUGUCCCGGUCAUCCUCCGCAGCUCUGACGACGGAGAGUCCAUCACCCCAACACCAGAGAAACACAUGGUCCAGGUGACUAACCCUUUUGCUCUGGAUCUGGGCUCUGGUUCCGGAUGUGUGUCAGGUGGUGUGGCUCUGAAACCCGGUUGCCUGGAGCCGUGCAUCCUGAGCUGCUUCUGGGGCUGUGAGAUCCGGGCCCUGCAGGGAGCGCUGCAGACCCAUCAGAGCCACCAGCGUUUCAGCAGCAGCCUCCUCCUGGAGGCUCUUAAGCAGCGUUCCCUCUUCUCCCACAGCUUCCACGUCAGCUGUGUGGACAGACAGGAACAACACACGAUUAUCCCCACCCAUCUCGGCAUCACAGACUUUGGGCCCCUCCCUAGGGAACGUUACCCCCUGGUAGCAGUGCUGACGCUAGCAGAGGGUGAAGCAGAGAGCACGUAUGACAUUGUGUCCAGUGUGACAGUGGUCCACGUUCCUGACGACAAAUACAACUUGUCCGCUCGGAUUCUGUUUCAGUACCUGCUGACCUCACUGGGGAGCGUCUAUGAGCUGAAGCCUCUCUUCAUGUCCGCCGAUGGCGCGGCGGAGCCCACACCUCCUGACCCGCAGCACAGCGACCAACGCGAUGAGCCCGAAGAUGAGGACAGCUGGUCGGAGGGGCGGGGCCGGGACUGCGUGGUGUGUCAGAACGCGGCGGUGAACCGCGUGCUGCUCCCCUGCAGACACGCCUGCGUGUGCGACAGCUGCGUGUCGCGCUUCCAACACUGCCCCAUCUGCAGAGCCUUCGUUCUGGAGUCCUUCGUUCUGGGAACGGCGUCGGAUCGCUGACGCACCCCCAAAGAGAACCGCGGCUUCCCGCCGUUCAGGCUGGAUCUAUACGCCGGACUGUAAAGACUCCGGUUCUGCUGCACGCUCAAACGUUAGACUCAUCUGUGGGGCAGAAGCAUAGAGGAACCAGAUCUCUGGAUCCAGUACUUCUGGACUGGUUGUGUAAACGUCAAGCGAGAUUGUUCUCUAGUCCAGAGGAGGUACAACCAUAGAGUCUCAAAGCAAGAGAUCUGCAUGGAUCCUCACAGCGGAACCAAACCCAAACGCGAAGGAAACCUGAUCACUGAAUCAAAAUUCAACAGUAGGAGAAUAAAAACAGGUCAAAGGGGAUCCAGUCAGGUUUUAGUUAGAACCUAUCAUUUUCUAAACUACUGAUUAGUUUAUCUGCAAUUUAGGUGAUUGAUCAAAACUAAUCGAGACAUUUUUGUUUGUCCAUGAAAUUGGAAUUAACCACCGAGUGCUGAACUGAUCCGACUCCAUGGGGAAAACUCCCUUUACCCCCUUAAGGACUUUGUGAUCCUCUGGUUCAGUUCCAGGACAAAAACUGCUGCUUCGCCUGAAUCAGAAAUUUACUGACUCAGUCGACAUUCUCAACAGACUUCUGAAUCCGUCCAGGCAACGUAGCCAAGCUUUCAUAUUUCAUAUUUCUAUAAGAGGAAUUUGUUUAAAUUAUUGUCUAAAAUAAAAUAUAUUGACUGUGAGUUAUUAAAUAUAGCCAUAGACAACAAA